UGGAGCGCACGCAGCGCUCGACCUGCAGGCUCAGUAAGUAGCAAUUCGCGCUCCGUCUUCGGUGUCUUGCCUCGCCUUGCAGUCCGAUGCUAAUGUUGCAGGCUCCCGAUCCGGGGCCCGGCUCCGGAGCGCUCCUGGCCCACCCCGAGGGGGUGGACCUGGCUGGCUGCGGCAUGGAUGAUGAGGCGAGCCAGGCUGCUCGUGUUCGGGGGCGCAGACCCUCCGGCCGCCGCGGAUCAACCUACAAGAUCAGCCGCCGGAGCUCGGCCGAGUUGGGACUGAGGGGCUUCGACGGCGGAGGCGCCCCGGCCCCAGCUUCACCGGACGCUCCCCGGGAGCUGGAGACGACGAUGCCGGCUCCCGGGAGCCCUCAGCCUCCCUGCACCGCUCCAGCCAAAGGUUCCGCGGGCAGCGAGAGUCCACCGGAGACCGUCGCGUCGCACCCGCUGCUCUCGCCCGCCGACAGCCACCACGAUCGCGACCACUGGGAACAAGAGGAGAACGAAGAAGCGGAGACCCGCGCCGUGGCCACGUCCCCCGACGGCCGCUUCCUCAAGUUUGACAUCGAGAUCGGCCGCGGCUCCUUCAAGACCGUCUACAAAGGGCUGGACACCGAGACCACCGUCGAGGUGGCCUGGUGCGAGCUGCAGACGCGGAAGCUGUCCAAGAUGGAGCGACAGCGCUUCAGCGAGGAGGUGGAGAUGCUGAAAGGGCUCCAGCACCCAAAUAUUGUCCGCUUCUAUGACUCAUGGAAAUCUUCAGUCAAGGGACAGGUCUGCAUCGUACUGGUCACAGAACUCAUGACGUCAGGCACCCUCAAAACAUACCUGAAGCGCUUCAAGGAGAUGAAGCUGAAGGUUCUUCAGCGCUGGAGCAGGCAGAUCCUGCGGGGGCUGCAUUUUCUGCACACACGAUCCCCUCCAAUCAUUCAUCGCGACUUGAAAUGUGACAAUAUCUUCAUCACGGGUCCCACUGGCUCAGUCAAAAUCGGUGACCUUGGUCUGGCCACACUCAAGCGGGCUUCAUUUGCCAAGAGUGUCAUAGGAACCCCAGAAUUCAUGGCUCCAGAGAUGUAUGAGGAGAAAUACGAUGAAGCGGUGGAUGUUUAUGCCUUUGGCAUGUGCAUGCUGGAGAUGGCAACCUCGGAGUACCCCUACUCAGAAUGCCAGAAUGCAGCUCAGAUCUAUCGCAAGGUCACCUCGGGCAUGAAGCCCAACAGUUUUUACAAGGUGAAGGUGCCUGAACUGAAGGAGAUCAUUGAGGGCUGCAUCCGGAUGAACAAGAAUGAGAGAUAUACCAUCCAAGAUCUUCUGGAUCACUUGUUCUUCCAGGAGGAUACAGGAGUCCAUGUGGAGCUGGCAGAAGAGGAUGAUGGCGUGAAGUCCAACUUAAAGCUUUGGCUGCGGAUGGAUGACACAAAAAAGCUGCAUGGGAAGUAUAAGGACAACAACGCCCUAGAAUUCCAUUUUGAGCUCUACAAAGAUGUGGCUGAGGAAGUUGCCCAGGAAAUGGUGGCUUUGGGCUUUGUUUGUGAGGCAGACUACAAACCGGUGGCCAAAGCGGUCCGUGAGCGUGUCCUCGCCAUCAAGCGCCAGCGCGAAAAGGCCAGACGAGCUCAGGAGGAGCAGAAGCGGCAGGAGCAGGCUCCGGAUAUCCUGCAUCUGCUGGACCUGGAUUCCCCCCCCCCUCUCAGCCCUGGCCAGCCCUCAGCACCCACCACCCCUGGAUCGGGGGAUUCUGCCCUUGGUCCAACCUUUCCCCCAGAGGCGGAGGAGCCAGAAGUCGACCAGCACCAGCCUUUCCGAUAUCAGCAUGGCUAUUCCUCGGCCACAUCUGAUUGUGAGACUGACGGAUACCUGAGCUCCUCUGGAUUUGUGGAUGCGUCUGACAUGACCCAAAGUCUCUUCAGCCCAGCAGGCACCCCUGAGUUCUCCUUCGCUUCAACCAUUGCUGUGAGCCUGAACCCUACCUCCAUCAGUGACUUCUCUUCCCCUGUGGACAGCUACACAUCAGAUGUGGCGUCUGGCUUGAGCGAUGGCUACGAGGGUCGCUCUGCAGGCGAGCGCAGAGCGAAGCCCCUGGCCAAGCGGGGGUCUGGAAGAUUACUGCGUCGCCGUGCCCGGUCUCGUCUACGCAUCACAAAUAUGCCAGACCAGAAUGACCGGGUGGUUGAGUGUCAACUGCAAACAUAUAAUAGCAAGAUGGUGACCUUCAAAUUUGACUUGGAUGGAGAUAGCCCAGAGGAGAUUGCAGCUGUCAUGGUUGCCAAGGAGUUCAUAAUGAAAUCUGAACAAGAUGGAUUCAUCCGGCGAAUCCAUGAUAUUAUCCAACGUGUGGAGACCCUCCUGAGCAAAGAUGGGCGGAACAAAGACCAGAGGGCUCUGGGCAGCCCUGAGGUGCAGUGCCUCUCCCCUGCUUUGGCUGCUGAUGGACUCUCAGCUGAGCUGCCUCUACAAGGCCUCUCUCGUUCCAUCUCUUCAUCCUCAUCUCUUAGUGAUUUUGGUUGCUACAGCCCUGGUCAGUCUGUAUCAUCCCCUGUCCAAACUUCGUUGGUGGAUGCCAUCUCUGAGAAUGAGCCCUUCAGUCCUAAACUUCCUCCAUCAAGCACCCAGAACUUUGGACUGCCUCUGCUUUCAACAGUAUCCACAGGUGUCCCCAGUGUGCCUGUCCAGACCUGGCCAUCUUACCAUAUGGUGCCAACAACGCCUGCAACGCCUCCGUACCUUUUCCCUGUUCCCCAGCCCAUCCCCCCACCCACUCCCCUCCUCCCCCCACUGCCCCUCGCACCGCCCACUGCUCCCUCUGUCCCCCUCUGGACCUCUCCCACUUCCCCACUGUUCUCCCUCGCCAAUGUCUUCUCCCUGGCUGUGAUGAGCGUGGCCCAGUCCCUUCUUCCCACAGUGUCGGCAGCACCUGCCCAGGCAGGUCCUCUCUACACCUCCCCUGUCCCACAGUCACCAGUGCUCUGCCCGCCUAGGCCAACACCUGCAUGUUUCACCUACCCUGAGGUGGCAUCUCCUGCCAAACCAGCCCAGCUAGCCAACGGGAUGUUGAGGGCACCGGCAGCGCCAGGCUCUCAGCCGUCCCCGACUGCCCCAACCACCGUCAGGCCUGACAACAGCACAGUACCUCCUGCCUCUCCCUGGUCUGGACCACAGCUAACUGUGUCGGAUUCUUCCACCUCCAGCCUCCCACCAGCCCAGCUGUCACCCAUCAAUGAAGAGCCCAAGCCCCAGAUCCUGGGCCGCUUCCAAGUGACCCCCACACGGGAUGUGCCUCCUGAAAACCCCCCAAGGGGCAAUGGGUCCAGCUCCUCCAGCACCUCAGAGUCUGACAGUGAAUCUCCAGGUGGAACACCAGUGCAGGAAGCAGAGGAGGGCACCACCCCUGUGGCAGAAGCGGAAGGGGAAGGGGAUACCCAGCCCAAUCCUCCUGUCUGGAUGAAUUACAUGUACAGCAUGUCCGAUGUAAGCAGUGACGACUCAGACAGUCCUGAUGACGAUGAUGUCUGUGACGAGCUGCAAGCCUUACGCCAGAAGCACCUCUCUGAAGUGGAAAGACUCCAGGCCCGGCAGAAGCAGGAGACAGAGGAACUCUAUGCCCGCCUGGGCAAGGUGCCGCCUGCUGGGAUCGUGUCACCCGCCGCCAUGCUGUCCAGCCGCCAGCGCCGCCUCUCCAAGGGCAGCUUCAACCCCUCCUUGCGGCGUAGCAGUCUACAGCGCCUGGACUUGGCACAGCCCCAAGGGAUCAUGCGGAGGAACUCUGUAAGUGGUGGGAGCACCAUCACCUCCCAAGAGCAGCGGCAAAGCAAGGGUGUGACGUUCGCCAAUGACAUUGGAUGCAUGUAGCCAUACCACGUGUGGACAGUUCCAUGGACUACCUCAGCCUGUUGCCCGCUGUCAAAAGGAUGGGAGCAGACGGCCAAGGGUCCUAUGCAGCAUCUGCCUUUACACUCCCAACGUGAAGGCCGACCUUCAUCGCCCAAUGAAGCCAAGUUCUCCUGGUGGAACGAACAGAGGAAUUGCCUCUGAGAAAUGUACGACACCAAGUAGAGUGCAGAUGGUAGCAGCCCAACACUACAGGCUCCUCCUUUUCUCCAUGUAGACUGUGGAUCUCUAGGGACAAGCCAAGCCCCCGUUGUUUGAGGAUGCUUUCUGUGCAAAUGCCUGGGCGAGUGUGCUGCUGCUGCUGCUGCUUCUGUCUCACAAAGGAGUGCUACUGUAAUAGAAUCAGGACGCCCUCUGUUCUAUACCUGCUGUGGAAUGGGGUCUGCGUGCUCCGAACCAGAUUGCCCUAUGCACUUGGAGGGGGUGGAAAGGGGUAUCAAGGCCUGGUCUAAGCAGGUGGCGUUUCUUCCUCUGUGCCUUGCAUGACUUAAUUCAUAAAGCCACCCCAAGGCCAAACGUCUUAGAAACCUUUUAAGCGGCUGCCUUACAAGAGGAAACAUUUCAGAAUUUCUGCCUCACUAUUAAAGGGAUUGGGGCCUCUCUUCUUGCUUCCCUUACCCCAGCCCCCAAGCUGCUGCUGCCACCCGCAGUGGCAUUCUGUCAGGUCUCCUCUUUGCACUUUUUUUUAACCUGGCCCUGAUUGGGACCUGAACUGCUUGGCAGAGCUUGGAAAAGUUACUUUUUUGAACUACAAUUGCCAUCAGCCCCAGCCAGCAUGGUGCUGGCUGGGGCUGAUGGGACUUGUAGUUCAAAAAAGUAACUUUUCCAAGCUCUGCUGCUUGGGGCCCAGCCCUUGACUCGCAUGGGAAUCUGCACUUUGGAAGGAAACUCUCGAUGCUUUCACCUUUGUGUAUGAUGUUUUUAUAUAUACAUAUAAAUAUAAAAAAUAGGCUUUGG